AUGGCAAGAGGAAAAGCAGUACGCUCAAGUGGCUCCAAGACAACUUCAAAAGCAUCGAACAGAAGCAGAUCAUCGACAACUGUGAAGGCAGAACAGUCGCCCACCAAGAUCAAGCAGGAAAACAGUUCUCCCACGAAGCCAAUUGACACAGGCUCAAAGCGUUCUGCUCCUUCUAGCUCUCCGCGACGAAGUAAACGUAUAAAGACCGAGGACGAUCAGCAAACAGGGCUGCCGUCGCCAUCUGGGUCCGGAGAUUCAUAUCCAGGUUCAGAAGUGGAUUUAAAGCCCAAUACGAAGGCCAAGGGUCAAAAGAAAAGUGGAGAAAAAGAAGAGAUCAAAGGCCUUUCAUCGAAGAAGUUGGACGCAUACUUCAAGAACGCAAAUCAAUCGCCAUUCUCGACAUUCAAGCAUCCCACCAAAGACGAAGCCAAACUCGCUCAUCGGAUCCUGGCCUCCCUGCACGGUGAUCGCACACGUCCAAAAGAAGUCGUCGCGAGCAAGGACCGCGCCGGAUGCGGGGACUCGCCAUCCGUUCUGGACGCAUUGGUACGCACCAUUCUCUCGCAAAACACAAGCGACAAGAACUCGACGCGGGCCAAGCGAAACAUGGAUGAAGUCUACGGCGGCUCCGAUGAAUGGGAUGCUAUCGUGUCCGGUGGCGAGGUCAAACUACAAGAGGCCAUCAAAAGCGGUGGCCUGAGCGUAGUCAAGUCCAAAGUCAUCAUCUCGAUCCUGAAACAAGCCAAAGAGAAGUAUGGCGAGUACAGCCUGGACCAUCUGCACCAGGCCAGCAACGAGGACGCCAUGCGCGAGAUGUUAGGUUUCCAGGGCGUGGGUCCCAAAACAGCAAGUUGCGUUCUGUUGUUUUGUCUGCAGCGCGAGAGUUUUGCUGUAGACACCCAUGUUCAUCGCAUCACGGGAUUGCUUGGUUGGCGGCCCAAGAACGCAAGCCGCGAUGAAACGCAUACUCAUUUAGACGCCAUGAUCCCUGACGAAGAUAAGUAUGGCUUGCACAUCCUUCUUGUUCAUCACGGCAAAGUGUGCGGCGAGUGUAAAGCGGGAGGCAAGAAUUUGGGGCAAUGUGAGUUGCGCAAGGCGUUUCGGCAGAGUAAAAUCAAAGGUGAAGCUGGGGAGGACAUCAAAGAGGAAGAACUUGAGCAGGUGAAGAAGGAAGAUCUAUGA